AUGUCAGGUCCUUGGCUGACAUGGAAUGUCCGUGGCUUGGGAGGAACAACGAAGCGAGAAGCAGUAAAGAAAGCAAUUUUGCAUUUGAAACCAGAACUAGUUCUGUUACAGGAAACAAAACUGAAUGAACUUCGGGAGUGUACAGUAAUUUCUUGGACUAAAAGUCUCAAUAUGCAGCAUGCUGAAUCUAGUUCUGUUGGAACAGCUGGGGGUUUGAUGUGUUUGUGGAGGGAGAGUUCUUUGCAGGUUCUGACAGUGGCCGUAGAAACGUGGUUUAUUCUUCUGACUGUGAAGUUGCCUAAUAUUGAUCAAACAGUGCUGAUUGGAAAUGUUUAUGGUCCUCAUUCUGUGUCAGAUCGUAGUCUUUGUCUUGAAGCUCUAAAGCAACGGGUUUUAUGCCAUGGCGGUUUGCAGUUUGUACAAGACAGCAAUUUACUGGAUUUACCACUGAAUAAUGGCGAUUAUACUUGGUUUUCUAGUCGGAACGAAGGGAUUUGGAGUCGCUUGGAUCGUUGGUUAGUGUCUGAUGAGGUCUUGGUAACGUUCUCUAAUAUUUCUCAAUCUGUUUUACCAUGGAAUGUAUCUGAUCAUAGGGCGGUGGGUUUAUUUUUUGGGGUGCCUGAUUCGGGACCAAAACCAUUUUAUUAUUUUAAUCAUUGGGUUGAUGAGGAGGGUUUUAAAGAAUUAGUGGAGGCUUGGUGGACAUCUGCUGUGUAUCAAGGGUGGUCGGGUUAUGUGUUGCAACAAAAGCUAAGAGGAUUGAGAGGAAAAAUUAGAGAGUGGCGUAGAAAGAAGGGUGCAUGGGGUGUAGAAAAAAUUGCCAAUUUAGAGAAAAGAUUACAGGAGGUGAUGAGUGAGUUAGAAGCAGAGGGGGAUUCAGAGGCUCUGAAUAAGGAGAGAAGGAUGGUUUUAGAGUUUUUGUGGCGGGCAUACCGUGAGGAGGAAAGAAUAUGGUUACAAAAGUCAAGGGAUGGUGGUCCUAGGCCGUGGUUCUCAAACAGCAAAUUAAAUAAAGUGUCGGAGGCACAAAAGCACUUUUUGGAAGCAGAUUUUACAGUGGAGGAAAUAUGGGAGGUGGUAAAAUUUUUUGAUGGGAAUAGAGCUCCAGGACAGCUGGUGAGGGGUCUAAAUUCCACUUUUAUAGCUCUUAUUCCUAAAGGGGGUGAACAAGAGCAAAUAUCGGACUACAGGCCAAUCAGCUUAAUUGGAAGUAUUUAUAAACUGCUGUCAAAAGUCCUUUCUGCCAGAUUGCUAUUUAAAAUUGAUUUUGCAAAAGCUUAUGAUAAUGUUGAAUGGGAUUUUAUGCUGGAGCUUCUGCAGGAAAUGGGUUUUGGGGAAAAAUGGAUUAGCUGGAUGCAGGUGUGCGUUUCAACAGCUUCGUUAGCAGUCCUGGUUAAUGGCUCGCCUUCUGAUUUCUUUAAUAUUCAGAAGGGACUGCGUCAGGGUGAUCCCCUCUCACCUUUACUAUUUAAUAUUGUGGCAAACGGGAUGUCCUGCAUGCUUAAUCAGUUACUGGAAGGGGACGCACCAUGUGGAGUGGAAUUGGCGCCGGGGUUCCGCAUAAAUCAUUUACAGUUUGCAGAUGAUUCCUUGCUGUUUUCUGAUUGUGAUGAGCUUCAGUUCCAGUCUCUAGCCAUGGCAAUUGAAGCUUACUUAUACAGUUCAUGGUUGAAGGUAAAUUUUAACAAAUCAGCGGUUUAUGGGGUGAAUGCCAAUUCUUCUAUGGUACAACAAGCUGCAACUUGGUGGAAUUUUAAAAUCGGUACGCUACCUUUCAUUUAUCUUGGGUCUCCAUUGGGUGGCAAUCCUAGAAGAUUGUCUUUCUGGAAUCCGGUGCUGGAAAAUAUGACUGCAAAAUUGGGUUUGUGGAGUUCCCGCUUCUUGACUUUAAGUGGUCGACUUGUUCUGAUAAAAUCUGUUCUCAAUGCUAUUCCAUUGUACUAUAUGGCUCUCUAUAAAGCUCCGAAGGGGAUAAUUCAACGGAUAGAGAGGAUUAUGCGUCGAUUCCUAUGGGGGGGCCCUUCUGGUGAAAAUAAAAUCAUGUGGAUAGCAUGGGAAGACUUGUGUAAGGGUACCCGGUUUGGAGGUCUAGGAGUGGGUUUUCUUGAAUGGAAAAAUAAGGCUAUGCUUUUGAAGUGGGUGUGGCGGUUUGGUCGGGAGAGAGAUGCUCUAUGGAGGGAGGUGGUUUGUAAAAAAUAUGAUUUACCACUGCAGCUGAUAUCUUUUAAUGUUGACCCGGCUGAUGUGAAAAAAUUAUCUAAGCCUUUGGCAGAUGUGUAUGGUGUUUGGCGUGAUAGUGGGUUCUGCGCCUCUAAAAGGGCUUUCCCUCGGGUGUUUGCAUUAGCAGUUAAUAAGAGGGCAUUGGUGAGGGAGUAUGGCACGGUUUUAGGUCCUCAAUGGAUAUGGAAUAUUGCUUUUGUACGUGAUUUUCUGGGUUGGGAGAGACAACCGUAUGAUGAUUUACAGGCACUCCUUCAGACUUUGGUUCCCAAACAGGGGGAGAGGGCGGACAGAGAUUCCAUAAUUUGGAAACAUGAUAAUAUGGGGCUCUACAGUGUAAAGUCUAUGUGUGCAGUUGUGGAAGCCCGAUGGUUCACUGAGGAGGGCUGGUCUGUCCCUCAAUUCUUGAGGCCUAUCUUACCUUCAAAAAUUGCUUUAUUUUUGUGGCAGGUGCAGAAGAACAGAAUUACUUCAAAGGAGAACUUGGAACAAAGGGGGGUGGUCUUAGAGAAUGGUGCAUCUUGUAUUUUUUGCUUGUCUACAACAGAGACAGUGGCACACCUUUUUUUGCAUUGUCCCCAGAUAUGGAUGCUAUGGACAACAGUGUUACAGAGGGAGGGCAUUAUGUGGUCUAUUCCAGAAUCAGUUUCGACAUUGUUGGCUGAGUGGAGUCAGUUACGCAAAAAUACAUCAAGAAUUCUGUGGGAGAUGAUUCCUUAUGCAUUAUGCUGGGAGAUAUGGAUGGCAAGGAAUAAUGUGAUUUUCCAUGAUAAACUUUUUGAUGUGGAAGCCAUUUGGGAGUCUCAUGUAUUUUUAUUGUUUACUUGGAUAAGAGCUUGGUGGAAAGAUUGUCCUUAUGAUGCAACUCAGUUUGAAAGGGGCUUCUCAAAAAUUGAUCUAACUGCCAAGGUUAGUGUGCGGCCUCUUAUCCCUUGGAAACCACCUCAAGGGAAGAUUUUGAAAUUCAAUGUGGAUGGUUCUUUUCAAUCAGGACGAGCAGGCAUUGGGGGGAUUUUGAGGAAUAGUGCAAAGGAGGUCAUUGGGGAGUUUUCUAGAAAGGUGGAGGUAAAACGAGCUGAUGAGGCAGAGGUUUUGGCAAUCUUGGUCAUAAAGCUAUGGGAGAUUUUGCGGCGUAGUAUUCGCAUCAAUUUUGUAGCUGUUUUGCUGUUUUGUAAAUUUCUGGAGGGGCUUGCUGUUUGCUGGUUUUUCUGUUUGCUGUUGCUGUUUUCUGGAGUGCUGUUGCUUCUGUUUGCAGCUUUCUGUUUUGCUCUGUUUUUGCCUGGUUGCUGGUGUCUGCUUGCUGUUGCUGAGUGCUGUCGCUGCUGCCUGUUUGCUGUUGCUGCUGCGCCUGUUUUCUGUUUGCUGUUUGGCCUGCUUACUGUUGCUGUUUGCUGUUUAUGUGUCAUAGAAAAUUUUGAAAUGUUGCUGUUUUAG